AUGGGGUAUGUGAAUAGAAUAGAACAACUUUUCGACACUCUGGAAAGAUGCUGUAAUGCUCAAAGAACAGUGAAGAAUGAUGACACAGAACAAAACGGAACGAAUGAAGUCAAUGUUGAAACUUUUCCACUGAAUAAUGGUGGGGAAGAGGGAAAGUUUUACUGGGGAAGCACACAAGGAUUCACAUGUCGACUGAUCCUAUUUUAUUGCUUUUCCCUCAAGGCUGACAAUGUACCACCAGAGCAGGCUUCACUUCCCCAUGCAAAGCGUGAGAUUGAAGGAUAUGCUCUUGCAUAG